AUGUCACUCAGACAAAAUACAUUUUUCUACAAGUCCCACCUCAGCAUUUUAGAAAUAUGUAGUUUCGUUAAUUUGUGGAUAAUGAAUGCCUCAUUCCCUUUAAUGAAACAACAAUUACGGCUUGCCCACCAAACCCUUACCGAUUGGUCAUCAUUUUGCCGUGAAGUCACAUACGAAUACGAUGCUAUGGUGGUACGUAAAGUGAAGCUAGGCGGGUAUGGGCACACGGUAGAAAUCGAUGAAUCUAAAUUUGGACGACGGAAACACCACCAGGGCCACAGGGUUGAAGGGCAAUGGGUUUUUGGGGGUUAUGAACGGGAGACCGGUAAUUGUUUUAUGGUCCCCGUUGAAAACCGUAACGCCAUAACCCUACUAGCCAUUAUAAAAGAAUGGAUAAAGCCUGGGACGACUAUAAUAUCAGAUUGUUGGAAGGCUUACAAUACCCUAAAUAACGAAGGCUAUGUGCAUAUGACCGUUAACCAUAGUCUCUAUUUCAAAGACCCGGAGACAGGCGUCCAUUCCAACACGAUUGAGAGUUCAUGGAGGCAUUCAAAAGCCUCCAUGUCAAACUACUGUCGGAAAAAAACAUUUUAUGCAGGAUACUUGGCCAAGUAUAUGUUUACGAAACACUGUCGGUCGCAUAAAUUGGACCCGACAGCUGAAUUUCUCAAACAAGCCGGUUCAGUUUAUAAUAAAAAUAACACCGAACACGAUGGUCACAGUGGCAAUGAAGAUAAUAGCGACGACAGAUGA